CUUAAUUUAUCGAUGGCGGAAAAAGGAACUAGACGCACCAUCUCAAUUCUUACAAAAUCUUCAAGGAUUAUUUCCGUCAUGAUCAUAAUCGUCGUGGUGUUCAUCAUGAUGGCUAGGCAGGUGACUUCACAGUCAAGUGAUAGGAGCAACGCUCUUUUAAGAAAUUAUUGUAGAUCCUAUAAAGUAGUGAAUGGGGUGCCUUAUUUAAACAACCUCAACACCACACUUUCUAGCCUUCGAAGACAGUUAUCUAAUCCACAAGUAUAUUAUGCCUUUGCACAGGCUGUUGAUCAGGAAUUCGUGUAUAGUUUUGCUAUGUGUAGGGAGUAUCUCUCGACCUCACAGUGUCUGGCGUGUUUUGACACUGCGGCUAAUGACACAAAAGCAUGCGGUUUAGCUGAUGGUGGCAACAUUAUUUAUGAUGAUUGUAGUAUCAGGUACGAGAACUUUGGCCAAACUUUCGGUAACACGGAUGUUAUAUUGGAUAAUGAAGCCCCUCCAACUGCAGUCUGUGGCAACGAGUCAGCAUCUCAGCCCGUAACAACUUUUAACAACGUAAUCAAUGAAUUGCUGUCUGAUAUUCAAGACGCCGCUCCAAGAACAUCUAAUUUCUAUGUAGCAUCGACAAGGCAACUCUCAACCGACAAUUCAACAGUGUAUGCAGUUGCACAGUGUGUUAAAAACGUCAGCCAAGCCAUUUGCAAUAACUGCUUGAAUACAGCUUAUAACAAUUUACAAAACUGUCUGCCAAGUAAAGAAGGAAGGGCCAUUGACUUUUUUUGUUUCAUGAGGUAUUCUGAUGCUCCAUUUUUCCAAAGGAACCAGACGACAAACAUCACACCUUUCCUACGUAAAGCAAGUUCAAGCAAGGCUGGAAUUAUAGCUGGAGUAAGUAGUGGUGUGGGUAUUUUCAUCCUUAUCCUUGCUUUGUGGUUAUGGUAUCGGCGACAUGAGAAGUCUAAGACUGUUGGAGAAGAUGAAGAUGGACUACAAGGGGUGAAAAGCUACAGCUACCAAGAAUUGCGAUUAGCAACCCAUAAUUUUGAUGAACAGUAUCGAGUUGGGAAAGGAGGUUUUGGUGAAGUAUUCAAGGCAAUCAUGGACGAUGAGAGUGUAGUGGCAGUGAAAAGACUCAAUGUUGAUUCUAGCAAAGGAAAAUUAGAUUUUGAAAACGAAGUGAGGCUUAUAAGCAACGUUCAGCAUAGAAAUCUAGUACGCCAACUAGGUUGGUGUAUUGAAGGUCCUGAGCUACUUCUAGUCCUAGAAUACAUCCCACAAGGCAGCCUUGCAAAUUUCUUAUGGGGGGAGAAACGGGGCACACUGAACUGGCAAAAGAGAUAUGACAUUAUCUUUGGAGUUGCUAGGGGUCUUGCCCAUCUUCAUAAUGAAUUCCAUGUCAAAAUAAUUCAUAGAGAUAUAAAGUCGGAUAACAUUCUUCUUGACGACGAUUUUCAACCAAAAAUCGCAGAUUUUGGGUUGGCUAGAUUUCAGCCAGAGGAGCAAACCCAUGUUAGCACAAAGCUUGCUGGGACCCUAGGAUACAUGGCACCAGAAUAUGCAAUCAAUGGACAUUUAACAGAGAAGGUUGACACCUACAGCUUUGGCAUUGUGGCCCUUGAAAUAGUUAGUGGUCGAAAAUGUACCGAUGCAAACUUCAGUGGACCUGACACAGAUCACCUUCUUGAACAUGCAUGGCAGUUAUAUGAGAGAGGUGUUCACAUGGAGUUGAUUGAUGAAACUUUAGGUACAGAUGAAUACGACCAAGCAAACGUGAUGAAGACAGUAGAGAUUGCUCUGAUGUGUACCCAGUCACCAGCCACUUUAAGGCCAACCAUGUCUGAAGUUGUUAUGAUGUUGUCAAGUGGGCAAUCUUUAGGGCCACGACAACUGAUCAAGCCUACUUUUAUUGAUUCUCGUAGAGUGAUACACAUUGGUGCAAUUCGGUCACAGAAUAGGUAGACAAAUAUCUACACAACUUGUAUAGAGCUCUUCUGUACAUUUUGAGGACAGUGUGAUAAAGCAGUCGCACAUUGAGGAACAUUAAUAGCGUCUUAUAACUUUAUUUAUGAUUUUAA